UCUAUCUAAGAAAAACAGACGAACUCCUUAAUGAACCCGUGACUCUUAAAUCAGAAGAAAAUUGUAGUGAUUUGGACACAAUGGAUAAAAAAACUGCUAGUAAAAGAUCUGGAAAACGGAGAAAGUCUCAGUCGUCUGGUGACAUUCCAAAUGGAGAGAGAAACCAGACUGAGAAUACUGCAAGAGAAGAAUCUGGUUUUGAAGAUGAUGCCCAUUCUGAGGUGUUUUCAGACAAGAUAAUAAAUCCUGAACGAAAAGUGAGGUCUCUUCAACAGACUCCUGAAAGAAAUUCCUCUUCCUCAGGUAAUAAUCAGGACCUAAAAGUUGGAUCUGCUAACAAAGGGGCGUCUAAAGCUGAAGCUGACAAGGGCAAGCAGCAGGUCUCGAACACAAGCUCUGCAAGGAGAAGAUCAUAUAAAAAGAAUCAGUCGGAUACUGUACCCAUUUCCCCUACUGGUUUGAAGGGUCAGGUGAAAGAUUACUCUUCAAAAAGACAACCUUUGGCAUCGCCAGAGACUAACCCAGUAAUAAAAAGAACUUCAGUGGAAAAGGGAACUAUGCCUGUGGCUUUUGGGGAAGACAGUUUGGAAUCUCCCAAAGCUUCUUUGGCUGCUAAGACAGAAGACUUGGUGUUUACUGAAAGCAGAAAUGAUACAAAGGCAGUAAAGAAUGGUAAUAGUCCAGAUGGAAGAGCUUUCUUGCAUGCUGAUGGGUUAAAAAAUGGAGACCUGUGUCUGUCAGCUGAGAGACAGACAAAUUCUGAUUUAGACACCACGAAGCUGAAGAGUUUGGAUGCUUCCAGAACAGUCAUGACAAAGAUUAGCCUUCCAGCCAAACCGAAGAACAUAGAGCUGAAUUUUAAAACACCUAUGAAUCAAGACAGUUUAGAAAGUGAGCAGGACACUCUUGAAAAACCAGUUAAUAAAACUAACAGCAACAUUGCCAACAAAAUUUCCUUGUUUGAAAACAAAUGUGCCAACCAGAGCCAGAGACCUACUGACAUCCCUGCUUCAAAAAAUAAUGCUGUACCAAGCACAUUCGUCGGCAGAGCAAAGCUGAAAUUUGGAAAACAACCUAAAGAAAAUGAACAGCCUGAUAAAACAUUAAAUAAACAAAGCAGUCGCCAGAAGUUAUUUGAGAAUGGCACAUUGGAGAAAGAAGGCACUGCAGAGUUAAAAGGCAAAAAUGGAGAAAUCUUUACCUCUUAUGAGGAUAUUGGGAAGACAACAGAACUUAAAGUAAAAGCUGCCAUAUCCCUUUUUAACCAAAGCAGCAAAAGUGAUGCUGGUAGCGUCUCUCUGAAGCAACCAGAAUCAGAAUUAACCACAGCAAAGAAAGAAAGUUCACCUUUUAAACUGCCUUUGCACUCACCUGUAAAAACUGAAAAUGCUCAAGAUCCUUUCUACCAAAGAAAUUACCCAAGCUCAGAAUUCCAUAGAAAUGAAGAAAAAGUGCUGCCAAACACAGAGGCUUUAUCACCUUGCAAUGAUGAUAAAUAUCCUCUACCAUCUCAGGUUUCCAGAUCAGAAUUUAAGAAGAUGGAAAAUGGAGAUAAAAAGGUAAAGCCAGGAGAUUUGAACUUUGCAGCACUGCAGUAUGAUGACAGCAAUCAAGACAGUGUAUUGGAAUCAGAGCACAACACCAAUACACAAAAGAGCCCAGGGAAAACCUGUAAUGGAUCUGCUGAAGAUGACAGCAUUUUUGAUUCCCCAUCUGACAUGAAGAAGUUUGCUGAAACAAUAAAAAACUUAGACAGCUCAGUUUGUUUACCACAGAAAAAGAAGAGGUCAAAGCUUCCCAAGUCUCCAGCACCCCACUUUGCAAUGCCUCCCAUUCAUGAAGACAACUUAGAGAAAGUAUUUGAUCCUAGUGUAUUUACUUUUGGUUUGGGACUGAGGAGGGAAAAAACACAGGAUCUGUUACCAGCACAACAAAUGAAAAUGCAAAGCUUGGAAACAAUAGCCAGAGUCAGGCCCAAACGUGCAUCAACGGAGCAAAGUAUCAUAUUCAAAGCUCUGCAGUCAUGUAGAGAGGAACCUGCCUUUACUCAGGAAAUAAAUGGAAAAGAGAAUAUUGAUUGUACAGAUGGUGAAAUUAAGAGAUCACGGCUUGAAAAAAGCUCCCUCUUCUCAAGUUUGCUGUCUUCUAAAGAAAAGUUUUUUAGCACUUCUGUCACUUCAGUAAAUAACACAACAGGUUUUGCAACUGACUCCUCGGGGAUGCCUCCUUUACAACAGGAUGCUUCUGGGCCAUUCAUCAUGCCUCAAAAAUCUGAGUCUCUUUCAGAUAUGAAGCUUCCAAGUUUUGUGGAGAAGUACCUGCAAGCAGAUAGUGCAAAAAAAGAAUUAAGUUUACAAAUGCCCAGCUAUGGCAAUCCUGAGAAAGGUUUUUCGAGCUGGAUAGGAACAAGCAGAUACGAAUCAAAUGUCCCCUCUGGUUUAUUAGAUGUGGAUACACUUCCAAGAAAUGGACAAAGUAAAAUCAAUCCCAGACCUGGCAAGCUGGUGAUAUACUGUGAUUCAGACUGUCAAAAAGCUGGCAUUGAAGUUUUCCAUGAUGUUCCAGAUUGCAGUUCUUGGGUUCUGUCACCAACAAUUUUAGUUAAAGUCAUCAGAGGAUGCUGGAUACUCUAUGAAAAACCAAAUUUUGAAGGCCCCUCUAUUCCACUGGAAGAAGGAGAGUUGGAACUCACAGAUAUUUGGGGUGCAGGUGCUUCUGAAGAGCAAAGUGACUGCAAGUCUCAAAAGCCUGCAGUGAUUGGUUCAAUAAGACAUGUUGUUAAGGAUUACAGGGUUUGCCGAAUUGAUUUGUAUACAGAGCCUGAAGGGUUAGGAAUCGUGACUUCCUUUUUUGAUGACACUGAAGAAACAGGGGUGUUUGGAACCACUCAGAAGACUUGUUCUAUUAAAGUGCAUUGGGGCAUAUGGCUUCUUUAUGAAGAACCUGGUUUCCAGGGAGUCCCUUUAAUGUUGGAGCCUGGUGAAUAUCCUAAUUUAUUAUUCUGGGAGAAGAAGGAAGCCUACAUUAGGUCCAUGAGACCCUUGAAAAUGGGUGGUCGCAAAGUUGAAUUCAGUGGAGAGCCAAAGGUAAUUGUAUAUGAGAAGCCUUUCUUUGAAGGAAGACAUGUGGAAAUAGAAUCGGAGAUCUUUAUGCUUGAUGACAAGGAAUCAGAAGACAAGACAAGACUUCCGCUUACAUCAGUGGGAUCCAUGAAAGUACUGGGAGGAGUUUGGGUUGCUUAUGAGAAGCCUGGGUUUGAAGGCCAUCAGUACUUGCUGGAAGAAGGAGCGUAUCGGGAUUGGACAGACUGGGGUGGCUACGAUGAGGAGGUGCAGUCCCUGCGACCAAUUGUUGGUGACUUCACAAGCUCCCAUAUGAUAAUGUACAGUGAAAAAGACUUCGGACCAAAGGGUUCCAAUAUCAACGUGUUAGGCAUCAUUGCCAAUUUGAAAGACACUGGAUAUGGGCUGAGGACACAGUCUAUAAAUGUGCUAAGUGGCGUAUGGGUGGCUUAUGAGAAUCCUGAGUUUACAGGGGAGCAGUAUAUACUGGCUAAAGGGCUGUAUCCCAGCAUUGAGGCAUGGGGAGGAAAGAAUUGCAAAAUAUCUUCAGUUCAACCCAUUGUUAUGGAUAUUGUUGAAAGCGAAAGGGGUAAAGUCAAGGUCCAGUUAUUUUCAGAGCCUGAAUUCAAGGGUAACUGCCAAAUAUUUGAAAAAAACACAAGAUGUAUUGACUCAUUUGCUGUGAAGUCUUCAAAAAUUUUAGAUGGCAGCUGCAUAGUGUAUGACCAGGAGGAAUUCACUGGUAACCAGUAUGUGUUGGAAGAAGGGAUCUAUCCUGAUCUAACAGCAAUGGGUUGUUCACCCCAAGCAGUUCUAAAAUCUUUACGGAUCAUAAAUAUUGAGCUGUCUGAGCCCUGCAUAGCUCUUUUUGAAAAGACGGGUUUCCAAGGAAAGAAAAUCGAGUUCAGUACAGAAAUCUUAAAUCUUCAGUUCCUGGGAUACAAUCCUCGAAUAGCUUCAGUUCAAGUCCUUGGUGGCAUAUGGAUAAUUUAUGAACACAGUAAUUACAGGGGAUGUCAGAUGUUGUUAACACCAAAUGAAAUUCCAGAUUGGUAUAAAGCCAGUGGCUUUUGUCAAAUAGGUUCUCUGAGACCUUUACUGCAGAAACGUGUGUACUUCAGGCUUCGAAACAAGGAAACAGGAAAAUUCAUGUCAGCUGAUGGCAACCUAGAUAAUCUGAAUCUUCUCAGAAUACAGGUUGCAGAAGAUACAGACUCAGAUGAUCAAAUCUGGGUUUAUCAGGAUGGAUUCAUAAAGUGUCGGAUGGCAGAGGAUUGCUGCUUGACAAUUGUUGGAAAUCUUAUAACUCCUGGCUCUAAACUCGGUCUGUCAUUUGAGCGGAAUGAAGACAAACAAUAUUGGCAUAUUAGUCCUGAUGGCAGAAUUUAUAGCAAGAUGAAACCCAAGCUGGUUUUAGAUAUCAAAGGAGGCACACAGUAUGACUGUGACCAUGUCGUUGUCAACACAGUCAGUGAAGAAAAGUUAACGCAGUGUUGGGAACCGCUGGUUGUAUAAACCCAGUGAAGCAGAGGUGAUAUUUGAAUUAGCCACUAUGCUGGACACUGGAAUUGGCACUGCCAUCUCUGAAGGAUACAGGAUCAGUGAUGAGAGUUUUGUCUUUUCUUCACAAUUUAAAAAAGGGCAAGCAACAGAAUGAUUUCACCUCCCUAUCCAAGAUUAUUUUCCCUAUAAAAGCUUGAGUAUCUCAAAACCUUCCUUUUUUUUUUUUUUUUUUUUUUUUUUUUUUUUUUUUUUGUUGUUGUUGUUGUUGUUGUUGUUGUUGUGAAGGGAGCAACUGAACAUGGGAGAGACUCCACGGAGUUACUAUCAUGUCAGUGAGUAGUUAACCCAGAAUAGUCAGUAAGUGCGACUUAUUUUAUAAAGGACAGGAGUGCAGUGUGUACGUGGGUAUAGCAACUUGGACCUGUGGGCUGUAGUAUAGAGAAAUACUCACUACAGGAAAUUAAUAUAUUUGGUUCACUGGAACAAACUUAUGUUUACUGAAAGUUUAAAGACUGCUAGUACAGCACAUCCAAAGAAAUUUUAAUAUGUGGCUUCAAGUAUAGUUAGUAUGCUAAUAUAGUAAGUCCUAAAUUAAGAAAAAAUUCUACAUUUUCUCAUGUAUAGAGGAUGUAAAGUAGCAGAUAUUUUGUUAGACAAACAGAGGACAGGCAAAAGGAUGCAUUGGAAUGUGAAGAAUUUGUCCAUUUUCUAGGUUGCUUAACUUCGAGUUGGUAUUUUUCUGCUUUGCCAAAACACAUUUGUACCUUCUAAAACAGUUUCAGUGAGUAGAGUCUUAAUGAACUCCAAAAUUGUAUAGGAAACAGAAUUCUUACAGAAAGAAUUACUAAAGAUGACUGCAACAGCCUGUAAGCACUUGAGGUUACUGAUUUUUUCAGCCAUGCCUGUUGGGCUUACCAUAGAGAAUGCCCAACUCCCCAAUAUUUCUGGAGAUGUUAGAGAGCAAUAUUAGUGGUGGGCUCCUGGCUCCCCAUUGGACAGUUGUGUCAGACUCCUCUAGGAAGGGGCACAGCCAAGCCUGGAUACAUGCCCAGCCACAAGGGCUGUGCCCAUUCCAAGUAAGUGUUACUGGUUUGGUAAAGAGCUUGUGACAUGUAGGAUGUUCUGAAGACUGCAGGAGGUCCUUCUGUUGCUCUACUUUGAACCUGGUCAUGUUAGUUUUCUUUAAUAAUGUUGGCAAAAAGGUAAAAUACAAACUCUGGUACUAUGCUGCUGUGUUUUGUUCUGGCUUGGACCAGUGUUAUUACAAGCUGCUCCGAGGAGCAUCCAGGCCUUUGUCUUGCAUAGUAAAUCUGUUUAAAAUUAACAUUUUCAUUACUAUUGUAUUGCCUCAAAAGAUACUGGUGCUUUUGCUAUUAGCACCCUAGAGGAAGUGCCUUACUAAUUUUCUUCCUUUUGUAAAGACGCACUGAAGUUUUGUUGCUCUGAAAUGUGCUGCUUUUAGUCCUUAACAGAAAAUAUGAUGUUACUGGUUCCAAACAGUGGUACUUUGUCAUAUUGAUGUGCUCUUGCUAUAUAUAAUAUAGCAUUUUACAAAUAAAUUAAAGUUAGGUAA